GGUCUUCUUAUCGACAAUGUACGCGACCCGAAUGUUUCAUUCCAAUCAGCCCUGUCCUAUCUCUCCGCCGACCCACGAUUCUCUGCUGUUACUCAAGCGACAGCCAUGACUCAGGCACGUUUGCAAGCUAUCUUCACUGAGCAUAUGUCCCACAUUCAGUCGAAAGGAAGUUCAGCACUCUCCACACUGUUCGAGAGUUACGCGCCUGGUCUCAACAUUCGUUGGGACGACCUCAGUUCAGCAACUAAGAAUAGUCUUGGCUCUAGUGGUGUGGCUAAGCAAAUGCGAAUCGACGCAAAGAUAUCUCUCGGAUCAUCUCGGCGGAAGGAUAGGCGAUCGAGUACUAGCAAACAUGAUAAAGACCUAUCCGACACGGACGAGGAGAGGGAUACAGAGAGGUUUGAAUACCCCGCUCUGCGUCAAGAAUUUGAGAGAUGGCAACGCCAGAGAUUUGCCGAUGCACGUGCAGCCUUUGAUGUCAUGUUGUCAGAGAAUGCAUUUGUCGAGUUUUGGGGUAGAGUGAGGAAGAUGGGUGUGACGGACGACACAGAAAAGCAAAAACUGGAAAAACUAGUCUUCUCUGACGAGGGACCUAGCGGCGCAGCAGCAGUUCCUACUGAAGAAGACCCUGGGGAAGGAGAAGGGGGUGGAGGUAGAGCCGACCUACAGUCACUUGCAAAGGCUGUGGAUGUAAAGGAGGUGGAAAGAGUGCUAAAGGGUGAUAAGCGAUACAUUGUAUUCGAUUAUAUGCCAGAGCAAAGGCAUCAAUGGGUCACCGUGAGUUCAUUUCCCCCACAAAUCUAUGUUGUGACUGAACAUUUGGGUAGAAUUACCUACAAAACCUCAGCGCUCCUAAGGCUUCCGUUCAUCUUGGAUAGAAUACGUCGUUAA